AUGACUGGGAUUAGCACAGAUUUGAUUCAUUCGUCGGAAUCGAACUACAUUGAUGUCACACCACCUAUCAAUAUCACCACCACUUAUAAAUAUUCAGAUGAUCCUGAAAAAUUAGUUAAAGCGGUAGAUAGAACAGGUCCUGAUUAUUUCCAUAAUGAUAAUUGGACUUAUUCCAGAUUAACCCAUCAAAAUUCUGAAUUAAUUGAAAAUUUGUUAGAAUCUUUGUUAGAAGGGAAAGUUGUGGUUUAUAAUUCAGGACUUGCUGCUUUCAAUGCUGCUUUAACUCAUAUUAAUCCUAAAACCGUUAUCAUAGGUCAAGCUUAUCAUGGAUGUCAUGCUAUUCUUGAAAUCUGGAAGAGAAAUUUUGAUUUGAAGGUAUUGGAUAUCAACGUUUUAGACAAUUUCGAAAAAUUACAACCGGGAGAUUUAGUUCAUUUGGAAACUCCUGUUAAUCCUUUAGGAACAAGUUUCGAUAUUGAAUUUUAUGCUAAGAAAGCUCAUGAAAAGGGUGCUUUAUUAAUGGUAGAUGCCACUUUUGCUCCACCUCCUUUACAACGUCCUUUUAAUCAUGGUGCUGAUCUAAUCAUGCAUUCAGCUACUAAGUAUUUCGGGGGACAUUCAGAUUUAUUAGCUGGGUUAUUAGUUACCAAAGAUGAAGAAGUUAGACAAAAGUUAUUUUAUGACAGAUUAUUAUUAGGAACCAACAUUGGAAAUUUGGAAAGUUCUUUAUUGGUAAGAAGUUUGAAAACUUAUGAAUUAAGAAUUCUUCGUCAAAGUGAUAAUUGUACAAAAUUGGUUGCUUACUUAAACUCCAAUAAAGAGAAAUUCCCUAAUUUGAAAGAAGUUUUCCAUUCUUCUUUACAAUCAGAUGAAUACAUUAAAACCCAAUUAUCUGGACAUUCACCAACUUUUUCUAUUACUUUACAAUCUGAAGAUUUAGCUAAGAGAUUCCCAUCCAAAUUGAAAUAUUUCUAUCAUGCAACUUCUUUAGGUGGUGUUGAAAGUUUAAUUGAGUGGAGAGCUAUCAGUGAUCCUACUGUUGACACUGCUUUACUUAGAGUUUCCGUAGGUGUUGAAAAUGUCGAAGAUUUAAUUGAUGAUUUCACUCAAGCACUUACUAGUUCAUAA